UGCAGAAUCGGACCCAGUCAGACCGAGAGGAGCCGACCCCAGCCCAGCGCCUCCAGCAGCGUGUGCAGCCCGAGUGUCGCUGAGAGAGACGAUGGGGCCAGCAGCCGGGAAUAUGGAAAGCAAAGAGCCGCUGCAGGAGUGGCCUGUUGAGGGCAAGGGACACCUGGAGACUGGAGGGGAGCCAGGCGAUCGAGCUAACUCCGCAUUCUGCAAAUGCCUAGCAAAUAAAGUCCUAGUCUGGGUCUUGAUCAUAAGUGCUCUGGUAGGAGCUCUCUCGGGAAUAGCAAGCCGAUAUUCGGUCCAUCCUGGAUCUGCUGUGGUCUUCUCUCCAGAUCCCCCUCCUGGCCCCUGUUGUCCGGAUGGCUGGGUUGGAUACCAAGGGAAAUGCUACUAUUUCUCCAAGGCCCAAGAGAACUGGACCUACAGCCAGAACAUCUGCUCUGCGCUCGGUGCUUCCCUGGCUGUGAUUGACAGCGAGCAGGAAAUGCGGUUCCUGCUGCGCUGUAAAGGCAAACUUGUCCAUUGGCUCGGCCUCUGGAGGGAGCAGGACCAGGACCAGCCCUGGAAAUGGGCCAAUGGCACCGAAUUCAACAACCAGUUUGAAAUUAAAGGAGGAGGACAUUGUGCAUAUCUAAGUGAUGGAUUUGUUGGCUCUUCAAGGUGCUCCUCACUCACAAACUGGAUUUGCAGCAAACAUGACGCAUAUACAGUGGGAAAGGGAACUGCACAGCCUAGGAUAUGAAAGUUUGAGAAUAAUCAAAAUGUGAUCUGGAAAAGCUUGAAGUCCUAGCACCUGUAGACAGACCAGGAUGAGUAUUUAUUCCCUACAGUCUCUUCCUCUGGGGUCUGUCCUGUUUCUGAUUGUCAAUACCUCAAACAGUGGGGCUUCCAUGUUCUUUAUAGCUUGAUCCAAAGUGGAACAGAGUUGUCGCUUUCUAAGGAAACUUUCCUGAAAUUAACUAGCCCCCUUUUACUCAGUUCUCCUAGUUAUACCCCAUGCAUACACAAUCUCUAGUGUUUUCCACAUGUCCUGCUCUAGAUCAAACCUCUACCCCUUAGGAGUACGCUUAUAGGUGGCUAUGUUUUCUGUCGACCCUGGGUUUACCUCCUCACUGGUUUGUAAUGUGAAGGCAGAGCUAAAGAAGGGAAAGAAAACUGGUGCAGGAAUUCAUAGCAGCAAUAAUUUUUUUGAAAUGGAAAUAGGCAGUGGAUUAGGUACAUCUUCAUAUACAUCUCCUGACCAAUCAAACUGGGCAUUCAUGAGCUUGUGUAACCCCGAUCUUAUUUUUUCUUUUCCCUUAUUUGGAUUUUUACGGUGCUGCAACACAUGAGAACCCGUCCAACUCUCUCGGGGUCUCUGGCAAUCUUUUAUAAAUACAGUAUUAAGUAGACCAUCAGUUACCUCAAAUCCAGGAACCCAGUGACUGCAUCAAUAUAACAAAUUAGUUUAACUUCCUCCCACUUUUACCCUUCUCCUCCUCUCAGUUCUUCCUCCUAUUAUUAAACACACUUGUUGCACUUUUGUUCUACAAUUAGAUGGUUAGCUACUUGGGGCAGGUUCCUUGCCUUGCUGCAGGUGCAGUGCCCAGCACAAUGGGGCCCUGGUCCUGAGUCAGGCCUCAGGCACAAUACUGAUGCUACACCAGUGAUGAUUUUAGGCCAGUUCUCAUUUAAUCUUUCCUCUUAAAUCAACCCCUCUAGUCUUGCUGGAAGUGCCUUUUGUCUGAGAGUAGGGGUGCAGGGCCACAGGGGUGAGGAGGUGUGGCUGAAUGGGCUGGCAGGGACACACUCAGACAGGGGCGGAUGUGCCUGACUGAAUGGGAGAGGCUAGGGGUCACCCAGGGUCUGCACAGGGGAGGCUCCCCAACUCUCUAACAGUCCUUCCCCCUCCCAAAAAAUUGUUUCAUACUUCUCCCACCCACACCCCACAAGCCUCCAGGUUCAUUACAAACUACUUCCCUCUUCCUCAGCACCUCCAUUAUCCCUGAGUCUCCCAAGCCUUUGCACUACUUCCAAGGGGUGCGGGAAGUACAUUUAUGUAUUGUAGUUUAAAUUAUUACUCAAAACUCUGUAUAAAUAUGCUUAGUAAGGAAUUAAUUUGUCAAAAAACAUUUCCUGAAUCUUUUUUGUUGUCUGUAUUGUUACAGACAUACUUGCUGACAGGCAUUUCGAAAUAAAUGACCAAAACAAUUGAAACAGCCGUGAUUAUAUUGUGUUAUUUUGACAAAUAAAAUGUGCAGAAUUUUAAAA